AUGCGUGUGAGCCGUGUCGUGAGAGGAAGACAAAGUGUGACGGAGAGCGCCCUUCAUGUCGUCGUUGCCUGCAUACGGGCACAGGAUGUCAUUAUGGCUACGGCAAGGGCUGGAGGAAGCGCAACCGAGGACUUGACGGCCACAUCGCGCCGACUUGCGCGUUAUGAGACCCUUCUCAACGAUAUCAUGCCACACGUACCUCCAAAUGUUAAACAAAUGAUUGAGGAUGCUCGCGAACAGGACGUUGCUGUAUCUAGCCCCGGGGGCUCGGAAGUCAAUGAGCAUAAUGAUUUUGCACGAGCAAUGCCUAGCAUGAGUAACGACCCGUCCACAAGCAGCGGCAGCACACCACGCGUCUCGCUACCUCUACCGGUUCCCACCACCAUGGGUGGACAGGGACCUGGGCCUCAUCCGCCGCCACUUGUGCGUCCUUAUGAAAACAUGUCCCCAAGUCAUAGCUCUUCUGCUAUGCCACGACCCAACUCCAGGGCAUCUCCAGAAGAAUCUUCCAGCACACGACUGCCAUCGAUUACUCCUCAUGGCAUGUUGAUCGAGCCGAGCGUGGAGGGACCGCCGCCCGUUUUGCCUCAAAUCAAGUCCGAAACUAGCAUGCUCAGUUCAGCGGGUUCGCGAGGAGGCAAUACUCCGCCCGACGGUGCCAUUGCACAUACAGGUUGGUCUCGUCAGUCUGAUCACUUCCCUGUGUCUGCUGACGGAGAUCUAAGACGAGAAUAUGCGUCCGGAAUCAGCGUCAAUGGGAUAGCCACUCCCGCGUCCUAA